AAUACAAGAAAAUCCGACCCGAGAGAGCGAGAGAUGAUGGCGUGUUCUUCAACAUCUCUAAUGGCGGCUUGGGCUCCGCCGAAGCCGCCCAUGGCUUUCUCCGGCUCCUUAGCUUCCACUAACUCUGUGUUCUUCAGCAAUGGCGCCGGGGCACUGUCCUCGAAGAGUCUUAGCGUGGUCUCUAAGAAGACGAGGGGCUUUGCCGGCGUUGGGACCCCAUCUAGGGGCCUCUCUGUCCGGUGCCUUUUUGGCCUUGGUGUGCCUGAGCUCGCCGUCAUCGCUGGCGUUGCUGCCCUCGUCUUCGGACCGAAGAAGCUGCCGGAGAUCGGCCGGAGCAUUGGGAAAACCGUCAAGAGCUUCCAGCAGGCAGCCAAGGAGUUGGAGACAGAGUUGAAGAAGCCACCAGAGGAUGCUGCAACUCCCACAGCCACUGAGAUCCCAAAAGCUGUAAGCUCCGAAGAAGAAAAAAAGGAACUGGAGGCAUCUACCACAAAAGAAAGCACAUGAGGUCACCAUAUUGUAAGUCAUGUAUUUCUAUUUCCUGUGUCUGCAUCAAUCAAACGUAUGCGCUGUAUCUUUCUCUAGUGCAAUGGAGGUUUAAAUGUUAACUGAUAAAAGAAAAUGCCUCUCCUUCCAUUAUUGUUUCUUGCAUCUUGAUGAUUAAAGUAUGGAUAGCGUGGAACUCCCAUUUAAGACACCUAUAUCAUCACAAUAAUGCUGCUGACUAUGAAAGCACCAGCUCUUUUCCUAGUUA